GGGGAUAUCCGUGAUUCCAGCUGAAAUGUGCCCUAUCUUUCUAAAGAAACAGCGGAGGAAUUAGUGGCCAGCGGAAAGCGCUGGGACUUUGGAAUGGGUGGCGCUUCGUUGGUGGCAGCAGCGGCACCGCCGCCGCCGGGCAUCCUCGCUAUCCGCAACUUGAAGCCUCUCGGCGUCCGGCGGCUCUUCUCCUUUUCUUGCUCCAACUCCUACCCGCCCAACUGCUCCGGCAAACAAAGAAAUCUCAUAACCCUAGUCCAUUGUAGUAUCAACAAUGUAUCCACGGAGAUCAUCAACAAUGUAUCCACAGAGAGCCCACCAGAAAGCGAAGUUUCGAUGACUGGUGCUGCUUAUGACUUCAAAGGAGCAACAACCUCACUUACAAAUGAGCUCUUGUCUUCUGCGAAGAAGGUUACUCUUGUGAGACAUGGAUUGAGCUCCUGGAAUGAGGAAAGUCGUGUUCAGGGAAGUUCAGAUUUGUCCAUAUUAACAGAAACUGGAGCCAUGCAAGCUGAGAGAUGCUGUAAUGCAUUGAUCAAUAUGAACUUUGACAUCUGCUUCUCUAGUCCUAUCUCAAGAGCAAAGUCUACUGCUGAACUUAUAUGGCAUGGACGCGAGCAACCACUAAUUUUUCUUGAUUCAUUGAAAGAGGCACAUCUAUUUUUUCUCGAAGGCAUGACAAAUGCGGAUGCUAAGAAGAAAUACCCAGAAUUGUAUACCAAAUGGAGAGAAGAUCCUGCUAAUUUUCAUGUCGAAGGUGUUUAUCCUAUACGAAGGUUGUGGGGAACUGCAAGAGAAGCUUGGAAAGAAAUUUUGUUCUCACCGGGAGAGAGCUUUUUGGUAGUUACUCAUAAGUCCAUUUUGCGAGCCCUCAUCUGUACAGCUCUUGGACUAGGUCCAGAGAGGUUUCGAUCCAUCGAUGUGAAUAAUGGCGGCAUUUCUACUUUUACUAUCAACAAACGGGGAGAAGCUAUGCUUCAAUCCCUGAAUAUGACAGCCCAUAUGUAUAGCAAUCAUGUGUAUCAAUUCUAGAGUGAUUUUGUAUGUUUGAAGUCUCUUUACAUAUCAAGUUAUUCUUUGUAUGCCAGAAAUUUUAAUCAUGGUAAAUAUCAUAACACUGUACAAGAACAAGAUGGCAUUUCCCUAGUGAACUCAGUAAUCACAAUCUACAAAAUUUUCACUCUAGAAGAGAUAUUCCAGCGAA